AUGUUAAUUAUAAAUGACAUUGAAGGAAAAUUAAAGAUUUAUUCACCUCCUCACUGUACGCAUUUAUCCAAAGAUACGGACUAUGUAUCCCGAUUUAAAUUUGACUAUCCACCGAUGUAUAUUCCAGCUGGACAACAUGAAGCAUAUCAAAAAAUGUUUUGCCUAAAUCCGGCAGCGGUUAACAAAGCAGUGACUGUGGUAUGCGACUGGGUAGCGCCUCCUCAGGUAGAAUUCACACUUGGGGACGACUACAUGCAUGUGGUGCGACAAGACCCUAGCCGCCGUUUUCUUGGAAACGCUACCAUCACCACCUACCAGCUAUGCAGCCAUAAUAUGACAAAUGAAAACGAUUUAUUCUUUGAACCUAAUGUAGUAGUUACGGAAUUUGAUUUUAACCACCUG